CGCGUCAUGUUUACACUAUAUUAUCCGUGGUUAUGAAUAGUAAGUUGUAGACAAAUAUGUUUAAAAAUAGAACAAUAGGAAAUCGUUAUCAUCAUAGGAAUAUACGAUUAUACGAAUUGCCGCCGCCGAGAACAUUCGAUAAUUAUCUUAUUAUUAUUAGAUUAACCCAAGUAACCAACAUAAUUUGGAUUUCCAGUUGUCAAUAUUGUUAUUUCAAUUUCAUCCAUUAGUCGUUAUAGACGUAUUUGUUAGCUCUGCGUCUACAGUAAGAUUAUUUUGAUGAUUUGUGAACAUUUUAUAAUUUUUUUUUUUUAAUUAUUAUACCCACUUUUAUAAUGUGGUCGGUAGUGCAUUUUAAGGAGGACAAUUCCGUGGAAGUGGUACCCAGUAAGUGGGUUACAAAAUAUAAAUGUGCUUGGCCAAACGGAAACACUAAAAAAUUUAUCGAAAGUCAAAGUGACCCUGAUUCACAAAUGUUUAAUUGGUUUAAAGCACGUGCAUUGUUGUCAAACAUCGAAUUAUAUUCUGAAGCACAUAAAAAAUGCAAAAAAGCUGUUUUUACUUCAGAUUUAUCAUCCUCCGAAAAUGACACAAGACUUCAACGAAAAUUAAACAGUAAUAAACUUAAAAAUCAUGGUAAAUCAGGUAUUAAUUAAUAAAUUAUCUAUAUAA